GUCACCCAGCUCAUAUGUCGUAGUAGCGUUUGAAUUGAUGCACUAACUCGUACAGGAAUUGAAAUGAAAACAGUGAAGUUACCUAUGCGUCGAUCAUGGAUUCUGUGGGUCACAUUACUACUAUGUGCAGUGGUUAACGCUCAAAAUUCAAAUAGGUGCAAAACCCCAUUAGGCGAGGAUGGAGUGUGCCAAAGAUAUCAGGAUUGUCCCAAACUCAACAAUAUCGCAAUGAAGCCAGAUAAGAGCUGUGAGGAAUACAAGCACUUGUGGGAUUCAAGAUGCCCCGAGAAAUCGGACUUCUUUUGCUGCCCUGAACCAGAAUGCUAUACCCCAUUAGGCGACGAUGGAGUGUGCAAAAGAAUACAGGAUUGUAACAUACUCAACAAAUUCGCAACGCAGCCAGAUAAGAGCUGUGAGGUAUACCAGCACUUGUGGGAUUCAAGAUGCCCCGAGAAAUCGGACUUGUUUUGCUGCCCUGAACCAGAAUGCUAUACCCCAGAUGGGAUCCCUGGGCAAUAUGCCAACAUUGGAGACUGCCUGGAAUUGCGGGGAGGGUCUCAAGAUAUAAACUUCGCAUUAAAUUCACAGUCCAUGAUAGGCUACUUUGUAGUCUGUUGCGGCUUGUGGCCUCGUCCAGCGAUCGUGAGAGGCAAUUGUAUCAAUAUGAAUACAGCAUUCCCACCUGACAUAGAGACUUUAUGCUGCGGCAUCGAAGCCACAGCUGGUAACAAGAUAAUCGAACAACCGUGGCUAGCAAUACUGAACUAUCAGAAUCAGAAGAGGCUGUGCGCUGGUUCCCUGAUCAGCAGCAAAUACGUGUUGACGGCUGCACACUGCACUAUAACCGUACCUAUCAGCGUCACUCUUGGAGAAUAUAACAGAAACACAACUACGGACUGCAUUUAUGACAAAGAUUGUGCUGAAGAUCCGGUGACAAUAAAAAUCGAGUAUAUUUUGAACCACCAUAAAUACGAUCCCACAGACAGAGCCUAUAGAAACGACAUAUCAUUAAUAAGAUUAGAAAAAUCAGUACCGUAUACAGAUUUUAUCCGGCCAAUAUGUCUACCACUAGGGGAACCAGAAGAUGUGGGUACAUCAACAAACCCCAAACUGACUACAGCUGGCUGGGGAAUGUCAGAUUCGAUGGCAGCGUCUGAUGUCAAAUUCAAAGUUGAUCUGCCCCUCGUGGAUUUGGCGGUUUGUACUGCGUCGCUUGAUCUACCAUUGUACAGGCAGAUAUGUGCAGGCGGUGUGAAGAAUAACGACUCGUGCUCCGGCGACUCUGGAGGUCCUCUGAUGUACAAAACAAAAGGCCAGAACCACAUCGUUGGUAUACUCAACUUUGGAAGCAAAACGUGCGGUGACGGCCAACCAUCUGUAUACACCCGAGUCUCCAGAUACAAUGCGUGGAUCUACAGAAAAAUAAGACCAUAAGAUUUAUCGAAAUUAAACAUUUUGUACAUAGACACUGAUCGUUUCCAUUUAUCACAAUCACAUUAUCCAAGUAUAGGCUAUGUGAUAACACUGCCCUCUUGUAAUUAUAAUCCUUAUCUUAUCUUGUUAUUAUAUUAUAUUUUUUAAGGUUUUUAGUUUUAGGUUCAUUGUUAUAGUAUAUUUUUUAAUAAGAUAGUUUGUAUAUUUGAAUAAAUUAUAAUCCUUAUCUCCUCAGACACGACUAACAUUACCAUAGUAUAAAUAUAGUUUGAAUUUACAACAAAGAAUAAGCGAAAGUCGUGCUCUUAACAAAGCAAAAUAUGGAUAUAAGACGAUAGUUUUUUUAUCAAUUUUCUUUUUUAUAGUUCUUUAACAGCCUGCACAGACGAGGUCCGCCUUUUGACCUAGGUUUUGUCCGCCAAAAUAG